GUGCUCUCAAUUGUAGAUGUCGGUCACUUGGGCAUACCCAUUUGUUCUGUGUGCCGCCUAUUUCCCAGUCGUUCAUCAGAUACGAGGCAUGAGCUGGCGAUAACAACGUCGGCACGCCUGAGCGCAUAUGUCGAAGAAGAAACUCUGUCAUUGUUACAAGCGUGCAAUCCCACGCUUAACCCAUCGGAAGAAGUGACACCUUGCUAUACCUGGGAUUUAAAAAUCAAAUGUAUUCUGCAGACAAUUCGGCCUCGGACCUUGUACUUCCGUUCACGAAGGUUUUCUGUUGGCUCUUCUUUCUCUAAAUACUCAUCGAAACCGAAAGGGAUGGCCAAACAAGUCAAAAGUUUUAUGACCAACCCCAAUUACUUUGUGGAAUUUUAG